GUCUAGGCCCGAAACGUCAGCUUUUGUGCUCCUGAGAUGCUGCUUGGCCUGCUGUGUUCAUCCAGCCUCACAUUUUAUUAUCCUGGAUGGCCAGUCCGUUUUGUAUGACAACCAUGUGGCUGUUGUAGGGGGACCAACAAGGAUAUGUAUUCCGAGAGCAAAAACAGAGAUUGCUGGAAAAGCUCAGGAGGUCUGGCAGCAUCUGUGGAAUUAACGUGCCGGGUCGAGUGACCGUUGUUCAGAACUGCAGUGCAUUCGGGGGAAAUAGAUGAAAGCUCGAUAACGCCGACACUAACUCGGUCUGUGUGCAGAAUGUUUUUGGGGACGGUGUCGAGCUCUGCCUGCCUCAACCCACAGCACCAAGCAACAACAAAAAACAGGAGAAACUCAAAGGGAACGAUUAAAAACAAAGAAGCCCAAUACCGUGGCUAUGUCCCUACUAUAAAUUUUACAUAUGGUGAUACUUAUGGAAAUGCUACGAAGAAAUAUUUCCAAGAUUUCCGCCUGUCAGCUCUGAGUACAAGUCAGAGUCCUUACAGCAAAGGAGGGCAAUUUCCAACAGUUUACUCCAAUGACCCCACCCUUGUAAUAGCAGAUCGGUCCCACAACCGCAAUAGAUGGUUAUAUGCCCCAAAAUGGUCCAGAUAUGAUGUGGAUUUUGACAGGAAUGAAGAAUUGAAAAAGUUUGAUAAGUUAGCCCAACAACACCGGGAGAACUACAAGGAUAAGACAGGCACGAUACACAGAGUAGGUCAUUUUGUGAUGGCUGGAACAGAGGUGGACAAAUUCCCAUGUUUACCGAAUAUCCAAAGAAACAAAGGGUUGUGUCCUUCCCCAGACUAUAUGGCUUGGCCUCGUGAGUAUUUGGAAAAACGUUGCAAAGAUAAUUUGGAGGCUGCUCUGUGCAUCUCUUCAAAAGGACAGGCAGGAGGCGCUGUGGCUGCACCACCUUACCUGCACUGUCCGAAGCUGGAUGGGGGGAUGCUCUUCGGCGCUAAUGGGCCAACCUCACAAUUACGAUGCAGCCCCCAGAAAGUUCCUGACUAUCAAGCAGGAUAUGAUCGUAAAACAUAUUUGUGUGAGGACAAAUGAAUGAUUAUCCGCAAACAAAACUUGAUUGUGAAGCUGUUGGCUGAAUUGAAAU